AUGCUUGUGUUUGGAAGCGGGAUGUUUAGUAAAGAUGGUGUCAAAUUAAGAGGGCAUAGAUGUGGUGUUGUCGGCAAACUGUAUAAGGUGUUAAAGAAACAAGAGACUGAAGGUCAGUUGAUUGUUAUUACAAUCAGCGAAUUUAAAGCCUCAAAAACAUGUAGCCUCUGUUUCUUUGGUGACAAGAAGAUUAUAAAACAAAAUCGUUUAAAGGUGUUGCCGUUGUAUCUGGAAAAUAACAACAUGAUAUCGAUUUCCAAGUCAAUUUGGUCAGGAGAAGGAAGACCAGAUGUCUUUAUACCAAAGAAAAAAUAA